ACGGUCUAGGCGGGGCCGGAGGCGGUGGCUGCGGCUGCGGGACCGGCACUAUGCUGGGCCUUCCUACCACUUGUGUGUGGCUUGGUAGUGGCCUAGGGUCUCUCCUCCCUGCUGAAGUCCCUCUCCUGCAGGUGGCCGUCUGCCCGGCCCAGCGCCAUGCACACGCUUGUGUUCUUGAGCACGCGGCAGGUGCUGCAGUGCCAGCCAGCUGCCUGCCAGGCCCUGCCCUUGCUGCCACGCGAACUCUUCCCCCUGCUGUUCAAGGUGGCCUUCAUGGACAAGAAGACAGUGGUACUGCGCGAGUUGGUACACACAUGGCCCUUCCCGCUGCUCAGUUUCCAGCAGCUGCUACAGGAGUGUGCCCACUGCAGCCGUGCCCUCCUGCAGGAGCGGCCCAGCACUGAGAGCAUGCAGGCUGUUAUCCUGGGGCUGACUGCCCGGCUCCACACCUCAGAGCCUGGGGCCAGCACACAGCCCCUCUGCAGGAAGCAUGCGCUGCGGGUGCUGGACAUGACAGGCCUCCUGGAUGAUGGUGUGGAACAGGAUCCUGGCACCAUGAGCAUGUGGGAUUGUACUGCUGCCGUAGCUCGCACAUGCAUCGCCCAGCAGCAGGGUGGGGCCGCAGAGCCUGGGCCAGCCCCCAUCCCUGUGGAGGUGCGUGUGGACCUGCGGGUGAACCGGGCCUCCUAUGCAUUCCUGCGGGAGGCCCUCCGGAGCAGCGUGGGCAGCCCGCUGCGGCUCUGCUGCCGGGACCUGCGAGCUGAGGACCUGCCCAUGCGCAACACUGUGGCCCUGCUGCAGCUUCUGGAUGCGGGCUGCCUGCGCCGCGUGGACCUGCGCUUCAACAAUCUGGGCCUGCGCGGCCUGUCUGUAAUCAUCCCACACGUGGCCCGCUUUCAGCACCUGGCCAGCCUGCGGCUCCACUACGUGCAUGGGGAUUCAAGGCAGCCCUCCGUGGACGGCGAGGACAACUUCCGCUACUUCCUCGCCCAGAUGGGCCGCUUCACCUGUCUGCGUGAGCUCAGCAUGGGCUCCUCUCUCCUUUCAGGGAGGCUGGACCAGCUGCUCAGCACCCUGCAGAGCCCCCUGGAGAGCCUGGAGUUGGCCUUCUGUGCUCUGCUGCCUGAGGACCUGCGCUUCCUGGCACAGAGCCCCCAUGCUGCCCACCUCAAGAAGUUGGACCUGAGUGGUAACGACCUGUCUGGCAGCCAGCUGGCACCCUUUCAGGGUCUGCUGCAGGCAUCAGCAGCCACACUGCUGCAUCUGGAGCUGACUGAGUGUCAGCUCGCGGACACCCAGCUGUUGGCCACACUACCCAUCCUGACUCAGUGCGCCAGUCUCCGGUACCUUGGCCUCUAUGGCAACCCACUGUCCAUGGCGGGCCUCAAGGAGCUGCUGCGGGACUCGGCGGCGCAGGCUGAGCUACGCACUGUGGUGCACCCCUUCCCUGUGGACUGCUAUGAGGGCUUGCCCUGGCCGCCGCCUGCCUCUGUCCUGCUGGAGGCCUCCAUCAAUGAGGAGAAGUUCGCUCGCGUAGAAGCCGAGUUGCACCAGCUGCUUCUAGCCUCAGGCCGUGCCCAUGUGCUCUGGACCACGGACAUCUACGGGCGACUGGCUGCGGACUACUUCAGCCUAUGAUGAAGUAGCUCUGGGUGAGACACAGGCCGCCCUGCAGUCUCUUUAGCCUUAUCCUUAUCUCUGCUGUCACCCCCAACAUGGCCACCGGGCAACAACUGCCAUCCAGCCUGUUGCCCCGCCCUUCGCGGGGCAGCCCCCAUCUGUACCGCCGGCCAGUCCUUGCUCUUCCCACCUUUCGGAGGCCCAAGAUUCUACUGUGGCCGGCCAGGGCCAGCGAGGGACCCCCGCUGCAGAGCUGGAGGUUCGGGUGAUGUCUUUUCGGAAGAGCUUCAAGGGAGGUGUUAGGGCCUCCCUGGCCACCUUCCAUUGCUACCCCCGGAUUCCCGAGUGCAACGCUCCCGGCCCGCGCCCCACACACGGCUCAGCGCACACUGCGCGGCUUCCACUUUUACUGAUGGAGCAUGCGCGAGGCCGCACCGGCCAAUCUCCGGCGCCUACGUCAUCCGCGCGCCCGCGGCCCUAGCAGUGGAUCUCGUAGGCGACCGGCGGGGGCACGCGGAGCCCGAGCCCCGGCCCCGCCCCCUCUGCCGGCCCGCAGUCCGCAGGCGCCUCCGCCGGACCUUCGGCGAAGAGCGGCUUGGAGCGGUUGAUGACGAACAUCUCGUGGCCGCGCUCGUCGCGGAGCUCCUCUAGCUGUGCGAACGUACAGGGGCCGUCCGAGUAGUCGUUGACGAACAGUGCGCCCUCCCCCGGGGGCCCCCGCGCCUUUUUUCGCCUGCGGCGCCGGCGACAGAUCAUGGCGACCAGGAGCAGCGCCGUGAGCGCCAGCAGCGCGAUGGCCGCCGCAAUGGCCGUCUGCGUUGCCAGGCCCAGGGCGCGGAAGGCCAUGCUGCCCACCUCGGGCCGGGGCUCGCGGCCGGCGGGGCGGGCGGCCGGAGGCGGCGGUUGCGCGGGCUGCUGCGGCUGCUGCAGGGACGCGUUGACCAGGAGCCGGAAGGGCACGCGGGCAGCGCCGCCGGCGUUGGAGGCCUCGCACUCGUACUUGCCGGCGUGCGCCAGCGUGAUGUUGCUGAGGAAGAGCAUGCCGCUGCCCGUGUCGGAUGCCGAGUGUCCGCCCAGGCCCAGCGCCCCGCCUUCUAGCUGGGCCUGGGCUCGCGGCCGGCCCUCGCGAGGCUGGGGCACCUUUCUCCAGGUCACCAAUGGCUGCGGGUAGCCGGAGGCUUGGCAGGCAACCCGCAGGUCCUCACCCAGGUUGGCUGUGAGCUCCAGCGGCUGCACGUGGACAGAGGGCGGAAUGCAGAUGAGGCUGCUGUGGGAUACGUCCAGCAGACUCUGGAGCGCUAGGCGCGGGGGCUCUGCACACAUGAUCUUCCUGUCCCUGGAGGUGAGCAGCCGCUGGCCGCCCUCCUUGAUCCAGGCACCCAGCCAGUGCAGGGCGCAGUCACAGCGCCAUGGGUUCUCUGUGGGAGAGCAGCAUUAGGCAGGUGGCUUGAGGGUGCUGCUAAAACAGCCUGUGCAGUUGGGGUUUUGCAGGCCAGGGCAGAGGCCUCUUUCCCACCUCCCACAGCCUUUUCACACGGAGUCCAAGGCCCCUGCCACCCCUUCCUUGACCCCAAGCUCCUUGGGGCGGCGGCAGGCCCUUCACCCUCGCCCCCCUCCCCCGCUCCCCUUUAGCUCUGUGAUGCCUGCCUGUUACAGAUCACUUCUCUGUCGGUCUCUGAGAAGGCACCUGCUCCUCAAGUCUUCCUGCAACAAGUGCCACUGUUUUUAGUAACCUGGGCGUCCACAUAGACGUCUCACCAGCACUGAAACCUCACAAGUUCUCUCAGCCUUGUCUUUGGAUGCCCUCUCUUGGGAAUGUCCCCAGUCCUUGUCAGCUGUCUCUCUCCUUUGCAAUUUUGUCUGCCUCCCCUCUGAGAGCCUAAAAGUGUGCAGAACCCUCAACUCUGUUAAGUCACCCUGUGGAGUUCCUGUUUUUUCUGUUUUCCUCAGGCAGGGUGCCUCAGCUGUAUCCCCCAGCACACCCAUUCCCGCAGCCCUCCACUGUGGCUGCAGGCGGUGGUGCAGCCCUGCAGACUGCUGCCCAGUUGCCUGCUGUCAGAGCCGCUCCACACAUGAGCCUGCUCCCUACUGCCACCACCGUGGCCCAGACAGAGACGCUUUCCGAGGAAGAGGUACCUGUGAGGCGCAGGACUUGCAGACUGGCCAGGGGCUGCAGGGCCUCUCGGCUGAUGGUGCCCAGCUGGUUCCUGCUGAGGUCCAGCAGUGCUAGGGAGGACAGCCCCGCUAGAGCCUGGUCCUCCAGCAGCUCAAUGCUGUUUUCUUGCAGGUGAAGCUCCUGCAGUCGCUGAAGUAGGGACAGCAGAUCGUGAGGAAAAAGGGCGCCGAGGUUGGGGGCAUGUCCCUCUUCUUACCAAGCUAGACUAGGUUGCCUUUUCUAACUAUUUCAGCCCUACAGGGCGAGGGGCCAUAAUGGAGUAUCCCGCCCCUUUAGACCCCAGGCGCUCACCGGCAGGUGCAAGAAGGUGAAAUCCAGCAGCCGCGCCAGCUGGUUGCCCGCCAGGUAGAGCACGCGCAGCUGGGCCAGGCCUGCGAAGGCGCCGCUGCGCAAGCUGCGCAGCCGGUUGCUGGUGAGCGCCAGCUCCAGCAGGCGCGGCUGCGCGCGGAAAGCGCCGGCCUCCAGGGCGCGCAGGCUGUUGUUGUGCAGGUAGAGUCGGUGCAGAGCGGCGAGUGGCGCCAGGGCUCCUGGCUCUAGGCGCGCGAUGUUGUUGUCCUGCAGGAACAGUGUCUGCAGGCCGGGGAAAGAGGAGGCGCUUACCCCGCUGCGGGGGUCUUCCUCUCCCUGGGGGCACCCCGUCCUCCCGCAGCUCCACACGGUGCCCACCUGCGUCCCUGGCGGGAUUCCCAGCGGGACGACGCGCAACCGCAGGGCGCCACACUCUACCGUGGCGCUGUAGCAGCGGCAGGCUCCUGGGCAGCCGGCGGCGCGGAGCGGCAGUAGUAGGAGCAGCAGCAGCAGCAGUGCGGGGGCCCCCAGGGCCAUCUCCCGAGGCUCGGCUCCUUACCGGCCCUUCCGCGGUUCAGCCGCGGACGCGUGCCCUCCUGAAACACAGGUUGGCAGGCCAAUCCCCGCAGUCGAGAGCCAGCCAAUAGAUGGAAUGGAGGCCUGCACCUGCGUCUAACUUUUGACGCUAUAAAUCGGUUCAAGAAACUAAUAAAACGUUCUGGUUUUCUCCUUUGACACAAA